CCGCGUGGGAAAGGAACGCUGGAUUUUCCCACGCGCGGCCGCUACGGCGCCGCCCCCUGCGCCAGGCCGGCGGUGCAGUGCCUGGAAACCGCCCCGGUCUUCCCAGGCUCGUCCUCCCGACGAAGAUCGCGUCCUCUGUCUCCGGGUGCAGCGGACCCCUUUGCAAAGCGGGCCAGGCCGGGGGUGCAUCUCCCUGGGCGCUGGCGACACAGACUGGUUCCAGACAGAGGGCCUCUCCCAGCCUCAGGUUUCCACACCCUUUGAGGAGGUGGCUGUGCAUUUCCCAGAGGAAGAGGAAGACGACGAGUGGGCUCUGCUGGGCCCAGGCCAAAGGGCUCUGUGCCAGGGUAGUCAUGCUGGAGAAUGUUGGGGAAGCGUCCCCUCCAGAAGGACCGCUGAUUCCUCUGCCUCCCCUCGUCUCCUGGCUGAAAGAAGAGGAAGAGCAAUUUCUCCAGGAGGGAUUGGCAGUCACCCUCACAGGCAGGAAACAAACCUUGCUGACGGAGUCCAGUUCCUCUCCUUUUUGUGGUGAAGCGGAAAGAGCUGCUCUGCACUCAGCCCAGGGUUUAGUGUCCUUUGAGGAGGUAGCCGUGUACUUCUCAAAGAAGGAGUGGGCUCUUCUGGAUCCUGGCCAAAGAACUCUGUACAAGGAAGUCAUGCUGGAGAAUUACCGGAACGUGGCUUCUCUAGGGCCUCCGAUGCCUAAAUCUGACCUCAUCUCCUGGCUUGAAGAAAAGGACACCCCGUAUGUCCAGGAGGUGAUGACAGGCAGGGAUGUGUGGGAGGCAGACAGCAAACGCCAAGCACAUCCUUUAUUUGAGGAAGGUGAUAACUGCACCGAGGUGGACAUUGGGAAUUGGGGUGGAACCCAGGAACAGGAAGGCAAUAAAAAUAAAAGGAGGAAUGACAAGUCUAUGGCUUUUCUGGGCGGCAGCUUCUAUGAACUUCCACUCCAUCCGAAAGCUCAUAAGAGAGAGAAACGGAAGGAAUGUCCUACGUGUGGAAAAAGGCUUGCGCGUAAAUCAGCACUGAAUAUACAUACGAAAACCCGCACAGGAGAGAUGCCGUGUCUGGAGUGUGGAAGCAGAUUCAGAUGGACAAGAGAAGAAACCCAAAAAAUGCUCUCUAUAAUAGCACACAGCCCCGGCAUCAAGGUGUUUCUGAGCAGUAGUUCAGCUACUAAUGAGAAAUACUGGAGAGCCUUGCAGGAUGAUAUGCUUGCCGAGGGAUACAUUAGAUCCACGUGUCAACUCCGUGCAAAAUGGAAGCGUCUGAAGAUCGACUUUUUCAAUCAGGGCAUAGAGGUGGCCACCGGACAAGUCCGAGUCAAGCACCCCCCGCCCUUCUAUAAAGAAGUAAAUUUGAUCUGGAUUGCAGCUGGGAAGCCGCCCUUUGGAGAACGCAAAAAGCCAGUGGUGGACGUUUGGGAGACAGACAAUGAAAGCAAUUCCACAAAUGGGGAGCCGUCACCAAGAAUGCCCUGUUACAGGCCAACAUCCUUCGGGCAGCAGCCGGAAGCAGCACUGCCAACAGGGGCCCCCUUGCCGAUUGUAGGGCCUGAGCUGGUUGAUAGUGGGGAAAUCGCCGCUUUAGGAGGGGAUGUGUGGGAGACAGACAACGAAAGCAAGCCACAUCCAGUAUUUGGGGGACCCAGUGAGUGCCCAGGCAUGGAAGAGGAUGUCUGGAAUCAAGAUGGGAUGGAGAAGCAGGAACAAGAUAUAAGCAAGAGGAAUAACAACUCCAUUGCUUGUCUGGAUAGUGACUUUCAUGAAAUCCCAGCCCAGUUACAAGCCCAGAAAACUCAUAGGAGAGAGGGAAGAAAAGAGUGCCCUGCAUGUGGAAAAAGAUGGACAAGAGACGAAGCCCAAAAAAUGCUCUCUAUAAUAGCACGCAGCCCCGGCAUCAAGGUGUUUAUGAGUAGUAGUACAGCUACUAACGAGAAAUACUGGAGAGCCUUGCAGGAUGAUAUGCUUGCCAUGGGGUACGUUAGAUCCACGUGUCAACUCCGCGCAAAAUGGAAGCGUCUGAAGAUCGACUUUUUCAAUCAGGGCAUAGAGGCGGCCACCGGACAAGUCCGAGUCAAGCACCCUCCUCCCUUCUAUAAAGAAGUAAAUUUGAUCUGGAUUGCGGCCGGGAAGCCACCCUUUGGAGAACGCAAAAAGCCCGUGGUGGACGUGUUCGAGACAGACAAUGAAAGCAAUUCCAUAAAUGGGGAGCCGUCACCAAGAGUGCCCUGUCACAGGCCAACAUCCUUCGGGCAGCAGCUUGAAGCAGCACUGCCAACAGGGCCCCCCUUGCCAAUCAUAGAGCUCGAGAUGGUUGAUAGUGGGGAAGUCGCUCCUUUAGGAGGGGAUGUGUGGGAGAUGGCUAACGAAAGCAAAGCGCAGCCAGUGUUUGGAGAAAGCCAUAAGUGUCCAGAUGUUGAAGAGGAUGUCUGGAAUCAAGAAGGAAUGAAGAAGCAAGAGCAAGAUAAAAACAGUGAGAUGAAUAAUAAAUCCAUUGCUCGUCUGGAGAGCAACUUCUAUGAAAGUCCAGCCCACUUACGAGCUGAAAAAACUCCUAAGGGAGAGGAGAGGAAAGAGUGUCCUGCAUGUUGGAAAAGAUGGACAAGAGACGAAGCCCAAAAAAUGCUCUCUAUAAUAGCACGCAGCCCUGGCAUCAAGGUGUUUAUGAGUAGUAGUACAGCUACUAACGAGAAAUACUGGAGAGCCUUGCAGGAUGAUAUGCUUGCCAUGGGGUACGUUAGAUCCACGUGUCAACUCCGUGCGAAAUGGAAGCGUCUGAAGAUCGACUUUUUCAAUCAGGGCAUAGAGGCGGCCACCGGACAAGUCCGAGUCAAGCACCCUCCUCCCUUCUAUAAAGAAGUAAAUUUGAUCUGGAUUGCGGCCGGGAAGCCGCCCUUUGGAGAACGCAAAAAGCCCGUGGUCGAUGCGUGGGAGACAGACAAUGAAAGCAAUUCCACAAAUGGAGAACUGUCAUUGACAAUGCCCUCUCACAGGCCAACACCCAUCGAGCAACAGCCAGAAGCUGUCCCACCAACAGAGCCUCCCUUGCCUAUUGUACGGCCUGAGAUGGUUGAUAGUGGGGAAGUUGCCUCUUCAGUUGAAGCUAAGAGGAGGCUGACAAGAUAUCGAGAAGAGGCUGAAGGACAUGAGCAGGAGGAUCCAAUGAUAUCUGAAGAUGAACUCAAAAGAAUUCCUCCUUCUCUUCCAUCUUUCCUCGGUCCUUCCUCCCACCAGGAGAAAGCCCUCUUCCUUCCAGAACAGCAGAACGAUUUCGAAGAAAUAAAGGAGGAGGAAGAGGAUCUGGAUGCUUCCAUGACUGACUCUGCUUUGGGUUGCCCUCCUCUAGGACUCCUCGAAGCAUCCCUGGAGCAAGCAGCAAGUAGUCCUGGUGAUCUUCUCGCUAGUCCUACCUCUGUUACUAGUAGAUCGGCAUCUGCCACUGACAGUCAUGUACAGCAGUGGUACGUUAGCCAACAGUGCCCUGCUUGUUCUACGCUGAGUGAAGAAUUUAAAAAACUGAGGAAUGACACAGAAAUGCUGAAGGACAAUACGGAAAAAUGGAAGGAGGAGAUUUUGGAGGCACUACACCGCAUAGAAAGAAAGAUGGACGCUGUUCUGUCUGCUGUUGUCGUCCCUGGACCACCCGCCCGUCAGCAAUGAUAACAGAACGUUUGAUGAACAUGAUUAAAUGUGUAGCGAUGAGGCAUCAGUCCCACAUAGUUACCAACUCUUGAGAGUAUAAAUUGCCUUUUCGUCCGUAUUUGGAGUUCUGGCCUGGAGGCUCUGUGUGGUGGCUGUGUGUAUAGUGAACGUUUUGUUUGGGGUAGUCUGUGUAAGGUGCCAGUUGUUACCUUCUGUGUCGUCUGUUACUACCUUGUUGUAAAAUGUCCUUGCUAAUAAAAUGCACAUUGUUCCAGCAGUUCCACCCUCUCUCUCUCUCUCUCUCUCUCUCUGUGUGUGUGUGUGUGUGUGUGUGUGUGUGAGAGAGAGAGAGAGUUUUCAAAUCCCAGGCUGUAGUUCAUAUUAUGAACGAUCCCAUCCUGGGCUGUCUUCUGUACCCCUGGAAAUGGACUGCCUUCAAGUCGAUCCCAACUUAUGGCUACCCUAUGAAUAGGGAUUUCAUGGUAAGCGGGUUUCCCAUUGCCUCCCCCUGAGGCUAGUCCUCCCCAGCUGGCUAGGACCUGCUCAGCUUGCCACACCUGCACAAGCCAGCCCCUUCCUUGUCCGCAAGUGCCAGCUGGGGGGCAACUGGGCUCCUUGGGACUAUGCAGCUUGCCCACGGCUGCACAGGUGGCAGGGCACAUAACCCCUGAGCCACUCACUGUGGGGGUGAUCUUUAGCUGGCCCUUGACGCCCAGGAGACACGAGCAGGGAUUUGAACUCACAGACUCUGGACUCCCAGCCAGGCUGUCCUCCCCACUGUGCUAUACCAACUGUUAUCUGCACCCCUUAACCAACCCUUUUAAGGAGACGGUGCCUGUGAAGGACCACAAGGGGCCACCCUGCUUCCUACCUAUUUGGGUGCAGAAUCAGGGCACCAUUCCACAGGGGACUGUGAUAGAAAACAGCUGGCGUUAGCUACAGAUGGCAUGAAAAUGCUUCCACUCCUAUAGUUGGCGUUAGCUGGAUGCGUGGAAUGACCUUCAAAAUGCUUCAAGUCCUAUAAACGGAGCUCAAGAGGGAAGAAGCCUAGUGCCAGAUGGCCAAGCUAGAGUCCCUAUCAAGUAAGAGUGAGAGGUCUCCUGCUGGAGGAACCUGGAUGCCCAGUGAGUUGCGGUCCUUAUGGGAAGGAGCUAGCCUGAGUCCCUGAAGAGAGGGUAAGUGCAGACAGGGAAGCAGACCUCAUUCAGUGGGACACCUUCACCUCAACAUUUAUUUACCUAGAAACAUAGGAAGGGAACUGCAAGAGGAUUAUUUUCCCCCUUCUUCAUGUCUGCCCCAGAUAAAGGCUGAGGUAAGAGCUGCCUGGAAAGGAACAGCCUUGCUUGAACAAGUAAAGUAAGGGCUGCACUUGCGUGUCUGCAGAGGAGCUCUUGAGUGAAAUCACUGGCAUGGACUGGGGCGUUUGGAGCCUGCGGUUACACCGAAUAAAAGCUGAGCAUUCCCUGUGGCUGUGUCCAACCGUAUGAGGAGGAGAAGGGCAAUGGGAACAGUAGGUUCAUUUGACACAACAGCGCCCUUCAGGGCUGAUUAGAUUUCCUUCCUGCCUUUGGCUGCCUUCUCUCCUGCCUCCUGUGGGGGCAGUAUUGCUAUCUUGCUGUUUGUAAUGUUUUUAUAGUCUGCUUUGUUUUGCUUGAACAUUGUGUAAGUUGCUUGGUGACCUUUGGGUAUCAAGCGACUAAUAAAUCUAAUAAAUAAUAAUUUCCUCAAGAAGGAGCCCAGGGCAGCAAAGCAGUUCAGACCUAAAACUUUAGAAUUCAAAUCAAAACCUAUUUGAAAAAAAUCACAUGCUCUCCCAGCUAAUAAUCUUUCAGGGCAUGGUGGCACACCCACACAUUUCAGAUCACAAGGUCUGCUGGCCGCCUUUUGCCUGCCCUGCAGUUGUUUAGUGAUUUGUUGUUUGUGGGAAGAUCCCAUGGAAAACAAAACAGUAAGAUACCAAUUUAAGAUCCAUGCCUUGCCUCCUGUGAUUUUGUGGUGUGGUAGAGCCAGUGUGGUCUAGUGGUUAAGGUGUUGGACUACGACCUGGGAGACCAGGAUUCGAAUCCCCACACAGCCAUGAAGUGACCUCGGGCCUGUCACUGCCUCUCAGCCUCAGAGGAAGGCAAUUGUAUACCACAUCUGAACACCGCUUACCAUGAAAACCCUAUUCAUAGGGUCGCCAUAAGUCGGGAUCCACUUGAAGGCAGUCCACUUCAGCGGCUCUGGAAAGAUCUGAAUAUCGGAAUGCAAUCAAAAGAUAGCAAUAGUGCAUGGAUCCACGUUCUAUGGAACUUUUCCCCCCCAGAAAAUAUUUCACGGCACAAAAAAAAUGAUUCAAACAUGUUAUUUUUUACAAGGCACCACCCACUCAUAAAAAUAUCAUUAAAAGAUAUUUUGCUUUCUAUUGUCAUUUCUUCCUGUCAAGAAGUCCUGGGUUUGACUAAACCAAAAUGGCUCUGCGAUGAGGAAUUGUGCGAAACAUCUAGUGUGGAAAAGCAGGGUAAGAUCAUAGCUGGGAAACAGACUGCUCUCAUGAGCUGAGACAGAAGUUCCUUAGGGCUUGAUUGGGACAAGCUGUGUUAUCUCGUCUCAGCCUGGCACUCAAGGUCACUACCCUCAGCUAACUGCAGGAGCGCACGUAGGCCAAGGCACACAAAGGGUCCUGGAAUAAAUACUCCAUCAUCUGCUUCCUCCCAGUAACAGGCAGCAAUGUGAGGCCUUUAAGUGCAAAGUUUUAUGCAAUUACCCUAUGAAGUUGUUUUCAGCCCAAUGCUCCAGCCUAACAAGAUCCCUUUGAAUUUUGUUUCUGUCUUCCAAGGUAUCAGCUAUCCCUCCCAGUUUUGUAUCAUCUGCAAAUUUGAUAAGCAUUCCUUGCACCUCCUCAACCAAGUCAUUAAAAAAAAUGUGGAAGAGCACUAGGCCCAGGACCAAGCCCUGUGCUACCCCGCCCGUUACCUCCCUCCAGUUUGAGAAGGAACCAUUUAUAAACACUCUGAGUACAAUUGUGUAGCCAACUGUGGAUUCACCUGAUAGUUGUUCCAUCCAGCCCACAUUUAGCUAGCUUGCUAACCAGAAUAUUAUGAGGCACUUUGUCAUUGCUGAAGUCGAGAUAUAUUAUGUCUACAGCAUUCCCACAGUCUACCGGGGAGGUUACCCGAUCAAAAAAAGAAAUAAGAUUAGUCUGGUAGGGUUUGUUCUUGACAAAUCCAUGUUGGCUUCUAGUUGAUGCUAUACUAUUUUUUAUUCUAUACUAUUUUAAAAAGGUGUUUUUAAGAUGUUUUGCUUUAAUGUGUUAU